CAGACCGUUUGUGCUUGAUUCGUCAACCAUCUGUCGGCUUCAAGUUUGCAGCCACAUUCCCCGGCUGCUUGCUUCACGGAUUGAUGUCUGCUGCUGCUGCUGCUGGAGAUGACGGCUGGCAGGUGAGGUGAAUAAAUGGGUGGCGUCGUCAUUGGCGUGAUUGUUUGUCAGCUCAUCGUUCACUCGUCUGUGUGUGUGUGCAAUGACAGGCCUCAUCUGCCGCUGCUGCAAGCGAUGAGGAUCAGCGACGCGCAGAGAGGGAGAGGGAACUCAGGCAGACCAUCGCAGACACGGUAGUCCAAAUGACUCAGACACGGCGAAUGAAGCGCUGACUCGCUCACUCAGUGUGUGUCUUUGCCUUUGUGCAGCCUGGUCUCGUCGACUGCAUCACGGCCUUUCUGCCGCUCCAUCUGCUCGGCCUGCUGUCCACCACGGCCUGGGAGCACGCAGCGCCCACACACACACACCUCACCAUCGACAGCACCAACAGGAACGAGCGGUCGGUGUGGCAGCGGGUCCCUCUCGCUCUCGUCACCCAAUGGGCUAAGAAAUUCACUCAGCUGACAGCAAUUACUCUCCGCUACCCCGUGGGUAACGUCGUGGGUAAGGCUCUGUGGCGCAUCGACGUCUUCAUUACGGUGAUUGAGUUGAAUACCACUACCCUGCGCACGAUCGCAUUUAUAGAAGGGGUGCGAUUGGUCAAGCGGGAGAUGAUGACCGUCGGCUCCCGACGGCAGCAGCGCCCUCUAAGACAGAUCGCGCCUCUCGUCCCGCCGCCAUCAUUGGACUCGCUCACGACCAUCACCGGGCUCCGCUUCCCUCAUCGCGCCCUGGCGAGCAGAGGCUGGCGGAUGCCAUCACUACAGUGCGUCGAGCAGCAGGGGUGGAGGGCGGAUGAGCUGGGCAGCUUCAUCAGCUCGUCACGGUCGCUGCAGCACGUUGGCGGGAGGCUGUGGGGUGACGGUGAGCGGUGGGCCAGUGUGUUUGAGCUCAUGCCUGAGGCAGCUGCUGGACGGAGAGGGCCACUUGCACGCCUGCAAAGCAUCGGUAGAAUCGAGCUGCGCGGCAAUUUUGACCGCGUCUUCCACUAUGCCUGUACAACGGUCGACACACUGCAUGUAAUUCAGCAGAAAUGGCUGACCAAGUUUGGCUGUGAUCACAGCAUAUGUGUGUGCUGUUCGUGUGUGGUGCAGGCUGUGCUCACAUCGCGUGGCUGCACUGAAUCGCUGACUCAGCUGGUGCUGUUGAUGAGCACUCGAGGAGAACAUCCUAUCAGGAUAGACAGUCGUAUUCUUCCCCUCUUGCACUCCAUCGAGUCGCUGCAUAACUCGUGCUGCCUACCCAACGCCGAGAUCGUCUUCGAGGCGUCUUCGAGGCGUCUUCAAGGCCCUACUUUCGACCUGUCGUUCCUCCAUGCGGACACAUUCCCUUCUCACCCCUCCCUCCCGCUCAAGAUGGCCAUCCAGGCGGCUGCACGGAAGGCGACACAGCUCGAGUAUUUCAUCAGCCAGCAUGACCUCAGCCACCCCAGCCAGGCGGCCAUCGACAUCGCCAACACACUCACAUUCGACAACGUGGAGCGCGUGUGGGUCAAGGACGCCAAUGGCUUCGUCCCCCCUCCCGGAACCCCCCCGCCCCGCCAUCAUCGACCACCUGCCACGGUUCCCAAGAGCCAGAGAGCUGCAUGUCGAGAGUGGUCUUGGUGGUGCGGCAGGUCGGCUGCUGGCAGAGAAGAUGCCGAGCAAGGUGGAGUUCGUUGACUUCGGGGCCGAACGUACUCGCUGGUUCAGGACGAGUUGGUUCAGGACGACUGUGAGUCCACUGGAUAUAAGGAGCGUGCUGGAGGGGCUGGGGGCGGGAAGGGAGGUGAGCAAAGUCAACGUCGGCGGUGUACGGUGGUGGCAGGAUGUCGGUGCGGUCAGUCUCGCUCAGAAUCCCUUUGACGGCUGGUCAUCGGAUAAGUUCCCAUCGAUUCACAACCUGGUCAUGAGGCUGUCAGGUACGCAAUGCAUUCCUAUCGACAAUUCUGGCUGGUCCGUCUUAUGUGUGCAUUUCUGUUGUCUGUGAGCUAUUCCUCAGUUCCCGGCAAUCUGGAGAGCACUUCUGCUGCUGAGCUGAUCCGCGACGGCAUCUCGUCGGUUGUGGAUGGCGUGCGGGGCCUGAAGCGUUUGGGGCUGACGGUGUGCGGUGGCAAAGGCGUUCAGGAGUGGCUCUUAUAUGUGACCAUUGCGUCAACGGACAGUGCGCUGGACAUCUACAGUGCUCUUGGCGUUAGUACGGCUCGGCUGCUGGCAGAGAAGAUGCCGAGGAAGAUCAAGGAGGUGUGCUUCGAGACAACAGUGAGUCCAGAAGGCAGAAGGAGCGUGUUCGAGGUACUCGGGGUGGAGAGCGAAGUGGACACUGUCGAGGUCGGUAGAGGAUGGCGGGGUGAGGUCAGUCUUACUGACGGCCCCUUUGACGGCUGGUCAUCGAAUAAGUUCCCAUCGAUUCACAACCUGGUCAUGCAUCUGUCAGGUACGCAAUGCAUUGCAAUGGACAAUUCUGGCUGGUCCGAGUCUGGUCCGUCUUUUGUGAGUGUUGUCGCCGUGUGUGUCGCCACUCAGUGCCCGACGAGUUGGACCCCUCUGCUGCUGCCGAGCGCAUCCGCGACGGCAUCUCGUCUAUCGUGGAUGGCGUGCGGGGCCUGAAGCGUUUGAGGCUGACGGUGCGUGGUGGCAAAGGCGUUCACAAGCUGCUCUUAUCUGUUACCAUUGCAUCAACGGACAGUGAACUGCACAUCUACAGUCCUCUUGGCGUUGGUACGGCCCAGAUGCUGGCAGAGAAGAUGCCCGGCAAGGUCAAAGAGGUAAAGUUCGAGACAUCAGUGAGUCCACAAGAUAGGAGGAGCGUCCUGAAAGGCCUGGGCGUGGAGAGGGAGGUGACCAAUGUCACUGUCGGUGACUGGUUGGGGCAAGUCAGUCUCGCUGAUGGCCUCUUUGACGGCUGGGAUAGUUUCCCAUCAAUCGACAACAUAUGCAUGUGGUUGUCAGGUAUGCACCGGAAUCGAGGAUUCUGGCUGGCCCAUCUUGAGUGUGCACUGCUGCCGUGUGUGUGUGGUGUCACGCAGUGCCCAAGAGCUUGGACCCCUCUGCUGCUGCCGAGCGCAUUCGCGACGGCAUCUCAUCCAUUGUGGAUGGCGUGCGGGGCCUCCGGCUUUUGACGCUUGAUGUUGAUAUGUGGGGCAGUGAAGCCACUCGCGCUGCUGUUGAGCAGCUGCUACCCGACACACAAGUCGGCACCAACUGCAUCAUCACAACACAUUGGGACAGGCUCAAGGAGGAUCGCAUCGUGAUUACGUGUCGCUCUAGAGGGUGGGUGGGAGGAGAGAGAGAGCAAUGUAUGCAUCACCCUCAUACUGUGUAUGUGUGUAUGUCGUCAGCCUGAGGCUGUCUGUCGAGCGCACAUAGGAAGACACCACCGUACGUAGCUUUGCCGCCGACCCUUGUUUGGUGUCCGGCUGGCUGUAUGGACGGACGGAUGAGUGGAUGGAUGUUCUCCCCUGUGUGUGUGCCGGCUGAUGCGGCCUGUCCAUCCCACACACACCACAAGACACAAUACACUAACACACUCGCGUUGUGGGCUAAUAGACACAUUGUGUGAGGGCAGAGAAGCGGUCUCUCGACUGCCGUCGCUUUCUGUGUGCGUGGGAGGGGGUGCAUUAUUUGUUAGUGGUAUGCACACACGGAUGAUAUGAGGCAUCCAAAGUGAAUGCCUCCAUUCAGAUUUGUAUUUUUGUGUGUGUCUGUGUAAGGUGUGUCGAAUGAAUGAUGGACACGCGGACGCGUUUAUCUAUCGACCAGCUGACUUCCGUCCGUACAGCUGUGCAUGUCUGUCUGUGUGUGUCUAUUCUAUCUAUGCGAAGCUGUGCAGACCCACCGACCCACUCAUUUGCGUCAGUCAUCCAGCCAUUCAUCUCAUCUCGCGUACCGAACCAGUCUAUCUCCGACACAUACUCACCGAGAGAAGCGUCCAUUCCAUACACGGACACACACACAUACUUACAGCCAGCAGGUGGGCGGGGGAGGGGUACGUGAGUCGGGCUGCAUAGAGGUGCAGCUGUGCACCUCCACACCAACACAGAGAAUCGCCAUUAAUACGUACACGUGCAAUGUCUGUCCAUCCAAAACCGACAAACGAACCAACAAUCGAAAUGAACCUCUCCACUGUCCCUCCAUCCAUCCAUCCCUCCCUCCCUCCCUCGUGUGUCUGUCCGUCUGCUGGUUGGCCUGGCUCCACCGGGCGUGUGCCCUUGAUGACCCCACGCAUCUUGGGCCGACAGACAGGCCCACAGGUAGACAGAGAUGGUCGGCCGACCUUCCACAUCGACGUUGCUGACUGAUAGAUCCUCGAUCUCCACAGCGCUCCGGCUCGUGAUCCUUUCACUCCCUCGUGACACUGCGAGCUAUUAGUCGACCCGACUGGCGAGGGGAAACAAGCGAAAACAGCGCAAGAUGGAGCGUGAGAGGCGGCCUUAUCUAUCGCUCUGCCCAUACUGGCGAUUAUAGCGUGGCGUCGAUGAGUCAUUCCAUCCUUUGAUCUCGAAGACGCGUCGCCCCGUCACAGGCUGGGACGCUGGCUAAAGAGGCGCACUUGGAUGCAGGCAACGUAGCAUGCAGCAACCUUUGCUGCGGUUUACACAUUGUGAUGGAUGUCACGCUCAUAGAUAUCUUACAUAUGUUGUGUAUAUCGCAGCCAGCGGU